UCCAAUAUGGAAGAAAGGUUGGAGGAAGGACUUUUUCAAAUCUUUGGGAGAAGGUAAGACCAAGAAUUAUCGACCAUUCGAUGAACUGAUAGGGGGAAAAUGAACGUUUUGUGAAAAAAUAGUAGCAGUGAUGUCUGGUAACGAUGGCAACGCAGAGAAAGAGGUACCGGGUAGCUCAAGAAAGACUCCACUCCUAGGAGCAAGAGCAUUAUUGUCAAGACAACUAAAUAAUACAUCCCCAAGUCCUGGUAGACUACCGUCACUCAGACCAGCUAGAGAUUUGACCCUUGGAGCUACGCCUAAACUUUCUUUCAGUUCAACACCAAAGAGAACAUUUACUCCAAAUAUACCCACCAGGAGGAUCAAACAGGAACCAAAAGAGGAAUCUGUCAAGUCACCAGGGAGGUCAGAAGAGAGAAGACAACAAGAUGGAGGAAGGGGAAGAGGACGAGGAGAGGGAAGAGGACGAGGCAGAGGGCUGCGGGGCAAGCCUAACGUUAUCCAGGCUUCUUCAGUUUUUUCAAUGGGAGUGGGCCCUGUGGAGAAACAGAGAAUUGGGCAAGGAAGUCCUAUUCCAAAUUAUGGUGCAUCUGGAACAAGGGACAGUCAUCCUGUUGUAACAAUUAAGAAAGAAGGGUACCACAAGGGUGAUGAUGAUGAAGAAGAAUCAAGAAGAGUUCUCAAGAUGCUAGAAACAAGUGGGGAUAUCAAUGAUGAUAUGGACAGUGAAUCUGGCAUCAUGCCGGUGCAAUUGCCAUUGUCCUUCCAUGCAAUGAGGAUGGAUGAAAAGCAAGCUGAAUCUACCACCAUGGAGGUUGACAUGAAAGUGAAAAGUGAGCCCAUGGAUGUCGACAGUGUUGAUUCAGGAAAAGCUUCUCCAAUGGAAACAGUGAAGAAACCAGUGAAACAAGUAGCAGUGAAGAAAGAAACACAGGAUGAAACAAAUCUUUCCAGUCUCUUGUCAGCAGCAUCGAUGGGAGAGCGUAAGUUAUUAUUUUUUCAAUUUCCUGAUGUGAUGCCCAUCAAACCACCUCCCAGUGAUGAAGAUGAGCCAAUUACUGCAGAGGGAACAUCCAGUGAACAAACAGCUGCUCCAGAGGAGUCUAAAGAACCUCAAAAGCUGUCACUCAAGAAUGCAUCCGAGGGUUAUAUCGGUAAACUUCAGCUUUUGAGGUCUGGUAAAGCCAGGUUGUUAUUGGGGGAUGUAGCUCUCGAUGUAACCAUGGGAACACCUUGUGGAUUUUUACAGGACGUCGUCGCUGUUCACACGGAAGACAACAGGUCAGAAAUGGUUUGCCUUGGACACACAAAUCAUCGCCUGAUAUGCACUCCAGACUUUGAACAUCUUUUGUCAGCAUCCUAACUGUGCUCCAUGCUUAAUGAGAAUGUCUCCAAAGGGAAUGACUGUGGUCCUGGUCUGGCCCACCCAAUAUCGCUUUUUUGCGAACGACAACCAUGUAAUGUAUUAUACGAAUUCAAUAGUAAAGAAAAAAGGCAACAACAACAACUAAUUAAAAGAAUAGAAAGGCUAACUGUGGUUUAUGAAUUGUCUAUUUAUUUUGCAAGAGGCUUACUUUUAAACAGGAUCUAACUAUACAGUCCAAUAACUUGGCAAAAAUAACCAGACGUAAGCUUUUUUUUUCGAAUAGCUUUUGUUGGAGCUGCUCAUUUUAUGUCUUCUAUGUUCCUCCUGUAGUUACAAGACUCGUCAUUUGAUACGAGAUGUAAGAGGAAUGCAACAUUACACGUACAAACAGGAAGUGUUUUAGGCCUUUUUUAUGAUUUACGUGACAGCUUUUUAAUCCUGUUUAAUUGUACAAAUAAAAGUGCAAAAACCAA